AUGGAGUCCCAACCGGCCAUAUCAUGGUCGGAACAACUCCACGAGACCACCUUGAUCACCGCCCCCAGCGAAGAUGAAUUCUCCAACUUUCUGGAAUUCAACAUGCAUUUUGCCGACCUCGAAGGGCACGGACCAGCACAUUCCCACCUGCAGGACCAGCAACAUCCUCUGGGGCCUCCUCCGCCCACUACCACCGCGACCACAGCCCCCGAGUCUGCUCAUCCCCAGUAUUCGGGCGCAAUGGAAGGCCUCGCCAUGGAUUUCACCGGGCAGGACCCUGUCCCCUCGCAACAGCCGGGGCCCAUCCCGUACUCCACCCCCAACAUGACCCCGGGCUUCUGCGCCCAGGAUGCCUCGCACCAGCCCAUGAUGGCGCACCAGCAAUCACAGCCCGGCCAGUCGCACUACAUCCAGAGCCAGGCGAUGAUUCCACCCACCCCCAACAGCAUGGAGUUGCACGGCAAUGCGUCCCGGUACCCCCAGCGAAUCGAUGAGAACUCGGAGAUGUACGAUCGCUACUCGCGCAUCAACGAAGAACAGGUCUGCUCAUUCCCCUCCCGCCCCUCCUCUCUUCCCCCCCCUCCCCCGCACAGGGAUAGAAUCCCGAGUUCCAAAGGGGCGACUCUGCCGCAUCUGAUACGAAUGGACACUGACUUCCCUUUUUUUUUUUCCCUCGCCCAGGCCCUGUAUACUCCACUCGUAUCUCCUGCCAUGACUCCACUGGAGAAUCAAUUUCGCCUCCCAGAAUACACCAUCCCCGGAGAAUACUUCACCCCUCUCACCUCACCCGCCCUGGAGGCGCAGAAUGCCAGCAGCUCCGGCAAUGGCUACCCGUAUCAUUCGCGUCAGGUAUCGGAUGUGGGCUUCGUGCCCACUAGCGCGGAGAUCAACCCACUGUCAGGCAUCUCAGCUCCGGGCUCCCCCAGCAUCAUCCGCAAAAGUCGCCGGCGGCCCUCGGUUGCCUCGUCACGACUGGCGGGGCGCACCAACAAACCUCGUCAAUCCCCUCACAUCCGGGCUCAAACACAAUCCCAGCACAACCGGGGCAAACACGUCGCUCUCAAUUCGGAGGAAUUCUACAGCAGUCUAACCCAAGAGCUGAACAAGCCCCGUAACCAUGAUGUGCGGUCUCUCCAGGUCAGCAGUAACGAGGGAUCCGGGCAAGAUUCGGUCUCCCCAGAGCCCUUACCUGACUCGUUAAUGCCGCCGCCAGCCAUUCCUCCGCCUCGCAAGUCUCCCGCCAUCACUCCGCAAGCCGCCCAGUCGCCGGGCACUGCGGCGACUCCCGCCACUCUCAUGCGUAUUCAGCGGUCCCAGCAUGUCCAAGAAGGAUCUCCGUCCUUCACUGAUCGGCCCCAGCUCGAAUAUCAUGAUGAAGUGAUGGAGGAUAUCUCUCUGCCCGAGGCGGCCGCGCCGGUCGUGCAGCUCCGUCCCAACCUCGCUCGCAUCGACACUAGCAUGCGGACCGACACGGCAAGCCCCAUUAUCUCCGCGAAUGUGACCCCCUCGCUCGAACCCCGGUCGACCGCCGCGGACCGCACUCCCGGGUCAGUCGCAUUCAGCCCGCGCACGGUGGCCAUGCCGUCCCCCAGCGGGCCCGUCCCGAAGAGGUCUGACCCUUCGCGAUCAUCCAUCUCUAGUCGGAAACGGCCCAGCUUGAGCUCCACCCAGGCGAGCCCGCAACUGCGGCCGAAGAUCAGCCCGAGCAUUCAACCGAUGAUGCGAGGCGGUGACAGUGAGUUUGACAUUUUCCCCAUGCUGAAAGAAUGGGACCCUACCGAUCAACAUACUAAUGUGAUUUUUUUUGACUUGAUAGAUAUGUCCCAAGACGCCCUGUACCUUGCCUCCAAGUCCAACUAUCAGCACAUUCUUGACGGUACUCUUCCGUCUGGUGUUUCAUACCCUGAAACCCUGGCUGAGAACUUGAGUUCCAAACGGACCAAUCACAAGCUCGCAGAACAAGGUCGUCGGAAUCGUAUCAAUAGCGCCCUGAAAGAGAUUGAGUCCCUGAUCCCGCCCGAAUUCAUACAGGCUCGACAGGCCAAAGAAGCGGCGUUAGCAAACAGUGCUAAGCCAGGGGAUAAGGAGAAAGAGAAAGAAAAAGAGAAGCCCGCCAACCAGGCCAUCAGCAAGGCGAGCGCCGUGGAGAUGGCCAUCGAUUACAUCAAAGCCUUGAAGAUGACCUUGAAUGACACGGCGUCGAAAUUGGCGGCCGCAGAAGCUAAGCUGGCGGGCGUCCACCUCGACGACGAGAAAUCGACAGAGAAGGCCGAAGUCCCUGGUUUGUCCGAGAAGACCACCAAUAACAUGACCCUGGGCGCAGGCCAUUCCAGUUGA